AAGCCGAACUUACAACCAACACGUAAAUGAGCCUCCUCCGAUAACGAAUCAAAUCACGGGGGCCAUGAAUCCCUCAUAACCACUCGGAGGCUUGGACUCCCGUGCGUCGCUAGCUUCUCUGUCUCUCUUGAGGAGACAGAGUCAGGCAUUCGAACUCCCUGGCGUACGCCUCGACCAUGCAGCAAUCAACGAGUCAGUCGACGGGCCUUGUGCAUCUUGGGCAUUCUGACCCCCUCUGCCAUAUCCCAUUGCAGAAGGCCUACUGUGUUCUUUGUCGCAUCCCCGUCUUCUUGGGCGAGAAAGUAGCUGCAGUCAUUGGCGACUGGGAAUCGUCGACAUUCUCAGCCUUCACACUCGGUUUCGUGAUUCCUCCACAUGAGCCUGCAUUCCGCUAUGAAACAGUGUACGAGAGGAAUCGUUCGUCAUGGUGGGGGCUUUGCCGGCGCGUAGCCUGUCGCGAGUGUCGCGUUAGCCGCCAAGACGCCUUUAUUUACCAUGUUGACUGCUACCAUAUGGUCAGGCAGCAUGGCACUCAAUUGACUCUCAAAAGCAUUUGGAGAAUUGGCGUAUGGAUACAGCCAUUCCCCAAUUCACGCUAUCAAGCCAGGCCAGAACGGUCUGCCAUGGCUUUAGGUAUACCGACAGGUCGUGUGGAUAGCCUCUCGUCCUCUUUACGCCGUUUGCCUCAAGAACUGAGCGAGAUGAUCUUCCGCCACUGCCAAGACUCCCCCUGGUGCAGAUUUCUGUCGGCACUAUAUAGGAGCCGUCUCUAUCGCUCUUUGAUAGAUGUGGAAAGUGUCGGACAAGAGCUGUCACUCACUUCGAUCCAGAGUUGGGACCGCGUCAAAGGAUUGGUAAUAGGACCAAGUCAAUCAAGUCGCAUCAGAAUCUGCCUAGAUAGUUUAGGUAUCAGGAAGCUGGAACUCUUUGACGACCAGGAUACCUCGACACGCAGUAAGGACGGCGGAGAUUUUUGGUAUGCGGUAGAAGAAAUCAACGACCUACGUGGAGUACAGGUUGAAAUCAAGGGUCAAUUCCUGCGUAUCAAGUCUGCGCAAGCUCUUCAACUCUGGGACACGCCGAAUCCGCCUCGCCCGCCAUUCUUUUGGUAUGAUCGAGAUCGUAUGCCAAAGCGAAUACGCUGUGUCAACCUGGAAGGAAUAACAGGGCUUACCGCGUUCUGCUCGAAAGGCGUCUUACAAUGGAUCCAUCCUCAUCGUUAUCGCUUUGAGGAGGCCCGUGGCCCUCCCGAGGAUACGGCUCAUCCGACUGAACGUCGGAGCUAUGUUCGCCUCUUCUUCCCGCUUGCAAAUGGAGAGAAGAUUGUCGGACUAUGGCUCCGGUUGACAGACUCCGAGUGGUCACGCGAUGCGGCUCUUGUGGUUGGCACCAGCUUUGGACGGUUUCAGACUCUGGGCGGCUACAACAACCCAAGCGAGCCAGGAACACAAACCCGAUUCCUGGGCUCGACUCUAAGCCACUUGUUGUUGCCCGACCCGGAUCCUGCAGGAUUGAUCCCGAAUAUUGGUACACCAUUGAGGCCAACAGGCAGCGCCGAUAUUGACGUCCGGGGCGUUUUUAAUGGCUACAACCCGCCUAGGCUGAAUGAUCUCUACUAUCUUUCGCUGGCGUCCCUGGACAACGUCAAGAAGUUUACGGUAUUUCAUCGUUGGGUUCCUAGGACGCCUGAACCAAGGACGUGCCUCGGCAUAUUAAUCGAAUAUCAAGAUGGCGGUCUCGAGGCGCUUGGUGUAUGUCACGACUAUUCCGCUUCGGAAAUCGUCAUGGCUCCCACAGCAAUACAUUUCAGACCGUCCCCCCAGGGCGUGGUGGUCCAAUGCUCUUCGGCUACCGGACGUGUCGACAUUGACCCGCAGCGUUGGCUAACGAAGCCCAUCGAGGGACGGAUCAGAUGGUGGUUCAACGACAAAAUGACGGAGCGUGUAGACGUUCGGCGUGAAUAGAGCCGGCUCGCCGUGGGGAUGGAUCAGCUGACGACAAGAUUUCGAGCUUGUCCAUCAACGUUUGCACCUGAACCAGUUGUCUCAACCCUGGCCCUGCGAGCACCGUGACCUGACUAGCGGGUACCUAGCUCCGGGUUGAGUGAGACAGUCAAUUGAAGCUAGGCCCAACGCAGCAUCUCCAGCGCCAUCGAUCAAUUUAGCCUGGAUAAAAUGCAUCAGCACCGUCGGCGCCAUCAGGACCACGGAACAACAUAGCAACAAUGAAUCACCGCCAUCAUAUAAUCAGCUUAAUUGCUAGCCCAGCUGCUCCCCAGGCUGCAACGUGCCUCGAUUGACAAUACGGUACGCUAGCCGCCCAGCUGCCUAGCCGC